CUCCAUUCAGGUAGCUGAUGAUACUGCCGGCUGAUACUAUAUUUAUUUAAUAAAUAAACAAGACAGUGUUUUAUCGCCAUAUCAGGACACGGAGUAAACACAGGAUGUUUGUUUUUAUUAUAAGCAGUGUCAUUUGAUGACUGUCGGCGUUUUAUCUUGGAGAAAUGCGCGGAUUUACGGAGCCAGAGCUUUAAAUGAGGAUCAUGGCGUUUCAGGAAGGAGAAUCGCUCGAAUCCUGGCUCAAUAAAGCCACACACCCGACAAACCGCCAGGAAGACUGGGAAUAUAUAAUCGGGUUUUGUGACCAGGUCAAUAAGGAGUUGGAAGGUCCUCAGAUAGCUGUGAGACUGCUCGCUCACAAAAUACAUUCACCACAAGAAUGGGAAGCCCUUCAGGCUCUGACGGUACUAGAGGCUUGUAUGAAGAACUGUGGCCGAAGAUUUCACAAUGAAAUAGCCAAAUAUAGGUUUUUAAAUGAGUUGAUCAAAGUGGUUUCACCCAAGUACAUGGGAGACAGUGUCUCUGAGAAGGUGAAGAGUAAGAUCAUUGAGAUGUUGUACAGUUGGACGGUAGCGUUUCCUAAUGAGGCCAAAAUAUCAGAGGCUUACCAGACACUCAAGAGACAAGGUCUCAUAAUGUCAGAUCCAGAACUGACUGCAGAUAAAACACUCGUUCCGUCGCCUCCCACGCGCCCCAAAAACCCUGUGUUUGACAACGAGGACAUGGGGAAGCUGUUGGCCGAACUUCUGAGGAGCAAAAACCCAGAAGACCUUCAGGAGGCAAACAGACUCAUUAAAAACAUGGUGAAAGAGGAUGAAGCUCGGGUGCAGAAGAUGACCAAACGCAUCCACACACUGGAGGAGGUCGACAACAACGUGAAGCUCCUGGGAGAGAUGUUGAGUCAUUACGACAGGGACAGAUCAUCGGACGCCGACCACGAGCUCAUCAAGGAGCUGUAUGACCGCUGUGACAAACUCAGACGCACCGCUUUCAAACUGGCCACUGAAGCCGAGGAUAAUGACUCCAGUUUAGGUGAUAUUCUCAAGGCAAAUGAUGAUUUGUCAAGAGUAAUCAGCUCUUAUAAACAAAUCGUGGAAGGGCAGGUGGACGAGAGCGAGGUUGAAGAUCCCAGACCAGCAACCGGAUGUGAGACCACAGGCACAUUGAUUGAUCUGACUGGUCUGGAUGAACCUUCCUCUCCCCCAACAGUCCCUCUUCCUGCUCCUUCUCCUCAGGUCCCCUUGACCAAUCCCAUGGCCUCUUCCUUCCCCGUGCUGCCGCCGCCUCCUUGUCGAUUGGGUGGCGGUCACAGCAGUCAAACGAGCAGCCCCAAUCACAAACCCCCAGAGCAGCAAACGUCCCUCUCGCUUCUGGAUGAUGAACUCUUGUCUCUCGGACUAAAUGAUCCACCCUCCGUGCCAAACAGACCAAAGUUGGAUGAAUUAUCUGGUCAAUGGACCUCCUUACAGGCUCCUGAUCCAGGCCUGGACCUGUUUGGGAACAUCUCAGCACCAAGCACCAUCUUUCCAACAACACACACAACCUCACACACACCGGCUUUCAGUCAGGGGUUGCAGGAUCUCUCCAUGCUUGAGUUUGGAGCUGGAAAGGGUCUGAGCGGAAUCGCUGGUGGUAGUUUUGGUCUUUCUGGAGGUGUAAUGAGCUCCAUGGCAGCCCCUCUUCAGCCCAUUAACCCAUUUGUGAGCGCUGCGUUGCCUGGCUCGCCCGCUGUUGCCCGGGCUUAUGCGGUGACGGGCGGUUCUGCACCGGGCAGCCCGUUCUUUCAGCCCUUUUCUUCCCUGUCUCACUGUCAUCAGAGCAGCUCAGCGCAGAGCUCUGAGCCCAGCCUGUCUAACCUCCACAUCCCCCUCGAAUCCAUCAGACCAAGUAAAGUGUUGCCUGUGACGGUUUACGAUAAAGACGGAGUUCGUGUUCUGAUGCACUUUGCGAUGGACUGCCCGCCGGGUAGACCAGAUGUCCUGGUUAUCGUGGUGUCUCUGAUCAACACGGCUCCGUUACCUGUGAGGAAUAUACUGCUACAGUCAGCCGUGCCCAAGUCUAUGCAGGUGAAGCUUCAACCUCCUUCAGGUACAGAGAUCGCUCCCUUUAACCCCAUCCUGCCCCCCGCCUCCAUCACUCAGGUCAUGCUGCUGGCAAACCCUCUGAAGGAGCAGGUGCGUUUGCGGUUUAAGUUGACGUAUCUGUUGGGAGAUCGGCAGUACUCUGAGGUCAGAGAGCUCGAUCAGUUUCCUCCAGCGGACAGAUGGGGUUCCCUCUAGAAUCUUCCACCGCAGAUCUACAUAACUGCAGCGCUGUUUACCUGCUUGAACUCUAAACCAUUCACUCCCAAGUAUUUUCAUUAAUUUGUCCAGUUGAUAUUUAUUUUUCAAUCAGAAUUGUUUUGUAGCAUCGUCAAACAGCAUUUGAUGCCUGAAAUUUGUGCAAAAACUUAAACUAGAGACUAAUACAGUUACGCAAAGUCUUCAGAAAACACACAUCUGAACUGGAGAUGCUUUGGAGAUCUUUUGCGAGCUGUCAUUACAAUAAUACACCAUUUCUGCAAAAAUACCAUAUUUACUACAGUUAAUCUGUGGUAACUUGAUAUUCACCAACACUGUCAUCAAAAAAUGAUUAAAAUGACAGGAAAAUGUAUUUGGAAUGCCCAAUUCCCAAUGCGCUCUAAGUCCUCGUGGUGGCGUAGUGACUCAUCUCAAUCCGGGUGGUGGUGGACGAAUCUCAGUUGCCUCCACGUCUGAGACAGUCAAUCCGCGCAUCUUAUCACGUGGCUUGUUGAGCGCGUUACCGCGGAGACGUAGCGCGUGUGGAGGCUUCACGCUAUUCUCCGCGCACAACUCACCAUGCGCCCCACCGAGAGCGAGACCCACAUUAUAGCGACCACGAGGAGGUUACCCCAGGUGACAACCAAAUUGGCCUGGUUGCUCUACCCUCCCUAGCAACCGGGUCAAUUUGGUUGCUUAGGAGACCUGGCUAGUCACUCAGCACACCCUGGAUUCGAACUCGCGACUUCAGGGGUGCUAAUCGGUGUUUUUACUCGCUGAGCUACCCAGGCCCCCAGGAAAAUGUAUUCUAAGAUUGUCUGAAAGACUCUGUAACAAUAAUUGUGAUUUACCGCAACAGGGCUCCAGACUAACAUUUGAGAGCAGUGGCACCGGUGCCACCAAGUUCUACAGCUGGUGGCACCAGCACCUUAUUUGGUAGCACCGGUGGCGCCGUGGGGGGUUGAAUUCUGGGGCCUAUAAAAUGAACAAUUUUAAGACAGAAACUACUAAUAAAAGUGCUAUUAUUUUUAUUAUUAUUAUAUGACAAAAAUAAGUCCAAUUACCAGUCAUAUUGAAUAGUUUGCCCCACUGAAAUGCUCAUUCGACAGUAAGGUGUUGAUUUGGAGUUGGUAUACAUACAGUAUGUAAAUUUACUGGUAUUAACAACAGGAAUGUCAUCUAUUUUAUUUAGCAUUUGCCCUUAUGAAAAUGUACCAUAUAGUAGUGUAUAAUUUUAACUGUGGUUAACCAGACCAUGAUAACCACAGGUAAAACCAAGCAUGGAUUGUCACUACCAUGAUUAGUCAAAUGAUUUCUAAUACAAAUUUAAAACUAUAAAUACAUAAACAUUUAGGAACGGCCACAGUUGUAAGAAACAUAUGAUAUUCCCUCACUCCCCUAAUGUAGCCUAUUAUAAAUGUGAUAGCAGUAGUAUGAUAUUUAUUAUGAAUGUAUUUCUGCCUAAAAUACUAUAGUUAAUACAGUUAGUGUUACUUUACUAAAUACCUGGUAAUUGUUUAAAUGCGCUGAUGUGUGAAAAGUCAUGUUUAUAUCUGUGCUCAUGUUCAUCUUGUCAGUGCUGUUCAGGAUGUCGGGCUGUUUAAUGUGGUUUUAAACUAUAAUCGCAUCGCAUAAAUGGAGAGAAAGAGGGAGAGUUGGCCAACAUUGUAGUCGCAACAGUGCGACCUGUAACGAAACUUAGAUGCACCGGCGGGAAAAACGGCUGCAAAAUGCGACCAUUUAGACGCAGUCUGGAGCCCUGCCGCAAGGAAGAAUCAAAAUACAUUUUUAAAGCUAUAAAGGCAGGGUUUUACACAUAUAUUCUAUAAUUUAUGGGAAAUAUAAUGGAUAACUACAAACCAACUACCGGUACAAACUAGCUAGCAUUUACUAAGUGAUAUAUAUAUACAUACACACACACACACACACACACACACACACACACACACACAUACCCCGAUCAGCCACAACAUUAAAACCACCUGCCUAAUAUUGUGUAGGUCCCCCUCGUGCCGCCAAAACAGCGCCAACCCACAUCUCAGAAUGUUAUUCUUUAUCCAUGCGAUUAUCUAACCAGCCAAUCAUGUGGCUGCAGUGUAUAAAAUCAUGCAUAUACGGGUCAGGAGCUUCAAUGUUCUGCUGGGAAUCCCUAGGUCUGGCCAUUCAUGUGGAUGUCAAUUUGACACGUGCCACCUACCUAAACAUAGUAGCAGACCAGGUACACCCCUUCAUGGCAAUGGUAUUCCCUGAUGGCAGUGGCCACUUUCAGCAGGAUAAUGCGCCCUGCCACACUGCACGCAUUGUUCGGGAAUGGUUUGAGGAACAUGAUGAAGGGUUCGAGGUGUUGCCCUGGCCUCCAAAUUCCCCAGAUCUCAAUCCGAUUGACCAUCUAUGGGAUGUGCUGGACAAACAAGUCCGAUCCACGGCGGCUCCACCUCGCAACUUACAUGACUUGAAGGAUCUGCUGCUAAUGUCUUGGUGCCAGAUACCACAGGACACCUUCAGGGGUCUUGUAGAGUCCAUGCAUCGGCGGGUCGGUGCUGUUUUGGCAGCACGCGGAGGAUCAACACCAUAUUAGGCAGGUGGUCAUAAUGUUUUGGCUCAUCGGUGUAUAUAUACAGUAUAUCUUGACAGAUAGAUAGAAUGUUUAUUGCCAGAUAAAAAAACUAAAGUAACCACACAACUCAGCCACUGUUUUCAGAACUGUCCCAAAUUGUGGUAACAGGGUUGUUUAUUAAAGUAUAUUAUAUAAAGUGUACAUUUUCUUGAGGUUAAGCACCUACUACUUUGUUGAAAGAAAAGAAAGAGACUAACCCAUUUUUUGUACCCAUUUGUUGAAAGUAACAACUAUAGUAACUAUGGUAUUUUGGAAGGAAGUACAAUUACUGUGGUAAAUUCAGAAGCUGAGAUGAUACUGAUGGUGUCACAUGACCUUGCUGCUGUCUGUGGAGUAUAUUUUUACCAUUAUUUCACUCUAUUCUGACAAUUACAGCUGUUAAAAUACUCUUAAACAUGCAUUUGAAGUUUGCUGUUUCUAGAACUAUAGCUGAUCGACAGCUUUUAAAGUGUGAGAAUGUACCUGCAGUAAAACGAGUUUACACACACAUACAGUCCGAGUAGAACAAUGAUUCAGUGUAAUUAGUUUUCUUAAUUUUUAUGUUUUUUAUCUUAUGUUUUAAAGUUCAGUUCUGUGUCUGCUUUUAUUUAUGACUGCUAGAUGAGCGUUUGGAGUUUACUCAGCAGAGAUUUUUGAGUUUUAAGAUCUCUGAUAUUGAACGGCCUUUAUUGACAAUAUUAGCUUAGUUUAUUUAAUUAUAUCACAUAUUUACGUUGCGUCGCUUCCUAAAGUUUAGCAGAAUUGGGUGUAUCUCACGAAACCGGUCCAGGUCAUAUUUCACCAUAAAUUCAAAUGAAAGAAAUUAGAAAUUAUAUUUUGCAUAAAGAAAAUGAAGCCUAAUUUUUUAUUAUAUUAUUAUUAUUAUUAUUAGGGCUGUCAAUCGAUUGCCGAUUAAUCACAAUUAAUCGCAUAUAUAAAUAUUUGUUAAGAAAGCCCCUCAAAAGGGGCCUGGGUAGCUCAGUGGUAAAAUACGCUGGCUACCACCCCUGGAGUUCGCUAGUUCGAAUCCCAGGGCGUGCUGAGUGACUCCACUCCGUCUCCUAAGCAACCAAAUUGGCCCGGUUGCUAGGGAGGGUAGAGUCACAUGGGGUAACCUCCUCAUGGUCGCUAUAAUGUGGUUUGUUCACGGUGGGGCGCAUGGUGAAUUGAGCGUGGUUGCCGCGGUGGAUGGCGUGAAGCCUCCACACGCACUAUGUCUCCGUGGCAACACGCUCAACAAGCCACGUGAUAAGAUGUGCGGGUUGACUGUCUCAGACACGGAGGCAACUGGGAUUCCUCCUCCGCCACCCGGACUGAGGCGAAUCACUAUGCGACCACGAAGGACUUAGAGCGUAUUGGGAAUUGGGCAUUCCAAAUUGGGAGAAAAAGGGGGAAAAAAUGAAAAGAAAGCCCCUCAAAUAACAAUAAUUCAAUAUAUAAUGAUGAAAUGAUUAUAAAUAGUUAUAUUGAAAUAAUUACAAAUAUAUAUAUUAUUAAAAAAAAUAAUAUUCCAAUAAUUAAAACUAAUGACAUUAUUGUGGCAGACAUGUUAAGCGUUGAUAAGACAAUACAAAAAGUUUCUUUAGAAUCCAAUAUAUUGUUUAUUUGCAUAUUAUUGAACAUAAGUCAAUCAUUGGCCUACAGUUCACAGCAAACCAUUUUGUAAUUGAAUUCAUCAAUCAGUCCGAGAUUUAUUAUGAGGGUUUGUCUAAGGACGUGUCAGUGUACACCUGCGUCAGGCGGAUGCUUUUGGAGCGUCUCACUUUGGUUGUGUCGCGUCAUAAACAUACUGUUUUUAGUUCACUGUGUCAAGUUAAACGUAGUUUAAUAUUAUAUAGUUUGGAUUUGCGCUCCAUCAAGCGGUGUUUGUAGGCAAGAACGUGUCCUCGUGUUGUGCUGAAGGGUUGGUUUGUUCUCUGUAUAAGCUGCACAUUGCCUGUACAGCUGGAGUGUUGCUUACUGCCCCCUGGAGAAAACACAUGGUACUUCAAGCUUGAAUUGCGCAGGUACAGGUGCAUGAUUAAAUGUGAUGAUUUUUUUAACGCGUUAUUUUUAUAUAAUUAAUCACACUGAAUUAAUGCAUUAAAUCGACAGCCCUAAUUAUUGUACUAUAUUUUAUUAAGAACUUUGUCAUUGUGACAUUAUUUUCAUAACCCAAAUUCACAUUUUCACCUACAUUUUCAGUACUGUAAUGCAAAAAAAAAAAACAUUUUUUAUAUAUAUAUAUAUAUAUAUAUAUAUAUAUAUAUAUAUAUAUAUAUAUAUAUAAAAUUUAAAUUGUAAAGUAUAUACCAUGAUAGUAUGUGCACUAAUUUAAAUUUAAUUUUAAUUAAAUAAAAAAUAAAUAUGAAUUGUCCAGGCAGUCUGUAUAACAGUCAUGAUAAUCUAAUGAGAAUUACAAACCUAAUUACAACAAAUAAUUUUAUUACAUUUAAUUUAUAAUAUUAGUUUAUUUUUUGCAUUACAGUAGCAUUUGGGUGGAAAAUGUAAUUGCCUAAUUGUCAUUAAAAUAAUGUUCUAAAAAUAGGCUUCAUUUACUUAAUGCUAAAUAAAGUUACAUAUUAUUUUAUUUUGGGGUUAAAUAUGUUUCUGACAUGUGUUUGUGAGAUUCGCCCAAAUACAUGUAGAGAUAUUCAGAAUGCAGCUCUUGAGAUGAAGGAUAUUGGCCAUAACGGCAUUAGUUUACCGAGUACAGUUUGUGAUUAUUAACUACACAAAUUUAUCAACUGUUGACCGUUAUGUUGAGAUAGUAAUGUUAAGCCCUCUGAGCAUAGUUUUAAAAUUGAUAAGAGAGAUGGACAGAGUUUUAUUUCAUCAAACAAAGGCCUGAUGUGAUCUUAGAUACUGUAGGAAAUCCGUGGCUUCAUAUUUUAGCCUUAUUAGCACACACAGCAAAACUGCACUUUAUUUGUUCAUUGAUCAUUCAGAGAUUCAUGGAUAAAAGGGCACUGUUUUCUGUCUGUUAGAUUGACCAUGGGUAUCUGAACACAUUCCACUGUUCCACAAUCCAAACCUAAUCAUGAUGCAUCAUAAUGUAGAAAUGCAUUAAAGACUACAUCCAAUCAGUGCCAGAACUGCAGCUGGUUUGAGAUAUGUUGAAUUAAAUGAAUACAGAAAUGAACAAGAGAUGAUGGAGAAAGGACAGAGAUGUGAUGCUGUCGUGAGCUGUUAUAUUGAGCUAAAUAUGCCAGCAAAAACCUAUUUCCGCAUACACGUCUGUUACCGUUCAACACAUUCAUUUUAAGAAUCUCAAAAUCUCCUUUUGACGUGAGAAUGCGUGAAUGCUGCUUCUAAACUCUUGACAUGUUCUACUCAUCGCUGGAGUGCUUUGAAUGGUGAAAUCUGUGUGUGAGCUGGAUUUAUACAUGUAAUGUCAGUCAUGUCUGUACAGUAAACAGUCCAAAUCAAUGAGUAGGGUAUAGCUGCAGGCAGUGCUCCAAAAAGGGGCGUGAGCUCCAAAUCGCCAUUGACGAUAUGGAAGUGACACCCCCUUUUGGAGUUGGCACAACCCCUUUUUGGAGUAACCCCGCCCUCUUUGAGAUUCCGCCCCAUUUGGAGGUCUCUGGCUUGCAGCUACACCUACUUGAAAUCAACCGGUUGUUCCGAUGCAUGCAGAAUAAAAUAUUUAAACGGA